AUGCGUGAUCAUCACCAUACCCAGCUACUAGACAUAGCUCCAGAUGCCUUCGCAGAGGACCUCAAAUGGUUGCUGGGUGGUGUGGAUGCGCCGCACUCGUUGGAAGAUCUAGAGCCAUGGCGUAAUGCAAUUGUUAAGCGCUAUUUCGAACCUGCCGACGAACAGGAACCAUCGCAGCCGGGGCCAGCAAUAGUUGAUGUACAAAAUGAAGCAGAGGAGGAGUCCGAAGUUGAGUUUCGCGUCAUAACUCAACUUAAUUCCAUCAUCAGUCGGGUGGACUUAGCACGCCAACAAUGGCAAGAUGAAGUGACGGAGGCAUUCCUCGCUCACGAGGAAGAGAUAUCUGAGUUCUCAACGGACAUGAACUACUGCGAUUCAACCAUCAAACUCAUAGAAGAGGCGCUCACCAAACAUUACAAGAGCCUGGAGGCCGCGUCGACCUACAUUAAAAAUUUGCACACUGAAUCAUCGGCACUGUCGGCUUGUCUCGACAACAGACAGGCAUUUCUAAAGGCUGUGCAAGGGUACCUCGACGAUAUCGCAGUGUCGCCGUCGUUGAUCAGGGCAAUAUGCCACGAACCCAUCGGGGAACCGUAUGUCAAACUUCUGGAACAAUUCCAGGCGAAGGUACACAAAAUGAAGACCCUUUAUGAAGGAGCACCGUACCCAUCGCUGCACCCUUCGAAAAUACAGAUGAAGAAGCUGGAACUGGUUAUAGUAGGGCGCAUAUACGACUUCUUGAGGCUAGAAAUCGCGAAACUCGCAACUCCAAAGGCGAAUCUGCAAAUGAUACAGAACACAAAUUUCCUACGACUAAGGCCUCUAUUUGCAUAUAUCAGGGAUACUAAUGCGAAUUAUGCGAAUGAAAUUAAAAGCCAGUACGCGAAAACGCUUCGCAAGAUAUACUGCCACCUCUUCUCAAGCUAUUAUGCGGCGCUGGAGAGGUGCCGGAGAAAAAAUCGCUACAAGGAUAUAGGAGUUUUUAUGAAAAGGUCCACAAAAACUCCAGCGGGAUAUUUUCUGUUGGAUGACAGAGAUCAACUGGUGAUCAACUUCAAGGAUGACCCCAUCGUGCCUACAGGUUUGGAACUGGAGAGCCUGGGGUUCGAGGAUAUUUUUAAAUCAUUCCUAAAGCUGCUGGUGGAUACAGCCUUCAGUGAGUACGUGUUCAUUAGCCAGUUUUUUGAGCAGGGGGUGACUAACAUGUUCACCUAUAUAUUCGACGAAACGAUGCUACACCUUAGGGCCCGUGUGGAAACUUUAAUUAAGUCGUCAUACGAUCCCGUCAUGCUCAUCACACUCACGCUCCUAUUCGCAGCAAACAGGCAUGUUAUGCAACAUCGUGGCGUUACGCUGCUGGAUGAGACGCUUGGCAAGUUGCAGAACGACCUUUACUCGCGAGCCAUGCACCACCUCAAGAACAUGGCCAAGCAUGUCAUGUCAUGCACUCUGCAGGCAUCUUCAAGUACCCUGGACACAUGGCUGCCGGGGGCACACGCCAUCAAUCUUUCAAACCUCGUAUACGCGGCACUGCGACUCAAGGGAACACAGGAUAAGCUGGGAAUUGCCCCUAUCGCAUUCGAUUCGCUGGACCACCUCAUACAUGUGACGGUGUCGGCGUUAACGCUAAGAGGGCGGAAACUCAGCAACACCACCAAGCUGAAUGUUUUCGUAAUCGCAAACUGCGUGGCAUUCCUGCACCCACUCCAGGAAUUCAAGGACAGCGUCGUCGAAUUCGAGCCACCACUGAAUAAGCAUAUUGAGUCGUACGUCAGCAGCUACGUUGGCAUGGAGUUAGAAAACAUCAUCAACCUUGUUACGUCCCUUAAGGAGUCACUAGAAUCAAAAUCCGAGAAAGGGGGGCGAAUAACUUCAGCUGAAGUGGAGACUGAGAGCCAAGAUCCAGAUGAUACAGAGAAGAUUGACGAUGACACCGUCGCCAAAUGGCGUACGGCGGCCGAUGAAUUUGUUCAGUCGUCAAGGGACAAAUUCAAAGCCAUUACGUCAAAAGUAGAGCUACACUUUGCGCAGGAAGCAGCUGUGGAACGAGUUAAUGAUGCUGUGCUGAAGUCGAUCGAGGAUAUCUACUCUGAGUUCUAUACUAAUCUGGCAUCUGUUAUAAAUACUGGAGACCGGAGUUGGCUGGAAAGUCUGCCCCAAAGUACAGAUGUCAUCGAAUGGCUUAAAACUAGUCAUACGUGA